AGGAGGUAAUAUUUGUGAAUUUUUUCCAUCUUUUCCAGGAAGAGACUCCUGCUCUUUCUGGGAACUUCCUUUAGUCCAUGCCAAGCACUACCCACCAUCCUAACCUGCAUCAGCAUUCCAGUUAUUCUCUUGGAUGUCCCUCCCUCAAAUCCUGUUAUAAAAGCAGAGUCAUCUCUGCCCUGACAAACCACUCCAGAUUUCUGCAAGAAGGACAAGAUGUUGUCUCGCAGAGCCCUUGCCAGCCUGUCCUGGAUGCUGCUCUCCUGCCUGAUGCUCUUAUCUCAGGUGCAAGGUGAAGACUCCCCGAAAGAAGUACCCUCACCACGCAUUAGCUGUCCCGCGGGCUCCCGGGCUUAUGGUCCUUACUGUUAUGCCUUGUUUCGGAUACCACAGACAUGGUUCGAUGCAGAAUUGGCCUGCCAGAAGAGGCCCUCAGGACACCUCGUGUCUGUGCUCAGUGGAUCCGAGGCUUCAUUCCUGUCUUCCCUGGUGAAGAGUACCGGGAACAGCUACCAAUACAUCUGGAUUGGGCUCCACGAUCCCACCCUGGGUGAACAACCCAAUGGAGAUGGAUGGGAGUGGAGUAACAGUGAUGUGAUGAAUUACUUUAACUGGGAGAGGAAUCCAUUCACUGCCUUAGACCGUGGCUUCUGUGGCAGCUUGUCAAGAGCUUCAGGAUUUCUGAAAUGGAGAGAUAAUAUCUGUGAUAUGAAGUUGCCCUAUGUCUGCAAAUUCAGUGGUUAGCCUUACCCAAAACAAAUAACCAAAAUUUGUCCUGGAGCUCAUCAUGGACAAGAGACUAAAUAUGAAGACUCACUCAGGAAGAACAUGUUUUAUCCACGGUCCACAUCAGAUCCCUCAUCUGCUCUUUCCAGAUCUUGCCUUAGUCAUUUCUGUAUAUGUUGUGGCCUGAAGUCUCAGAGAGCAAUAAUAAAACUUUAGUCACA